GUUUUGCUCCCCGCCCCUCAUUGUACCCCGGAACCUGCGGACUCGGGUGUCGAACCUCUUGUACUUUCGCUCGCCUACCCAUUGACACCGACUUUUCUCAGUCCUCCGUCUCAUCCGCUCACCAUGGCCGGCACGAACCCCACCGGUUUCGACCUCAAGGAAUUCAAGGCCGCUGCUUCGCCCCGGUCCGUCUGGGCAAAGAAGGACCCCUGGGCUCGCUAUGAGACCUGGAGAUACACCGGCCCCUUCAGCCGCUUCAACCGUUUCAAGCGUAUCUUCCCCGGCUUCGGUAUUGCCAGCGUUGCCUUCGCCGGAUACUGCGCAUACGAGGCCGUCUUCAUGAAGCACGAUGACCACCACGGCGAGGGCCACCACUAAACCAGCCCAAUUGAAGUCAAUGCAUUGAAAACGGAAGGGAGAUCUCGACGAAUCGCUGACCGAUAUCAAUGGGUUACAAAGAAGAGGAUACCCCGGAUUGCAGGCGACGAUGUCUGCGUACCAGGAGAGGCUGCGGCAUUUGGGUUUCAUAUAAGGGGGUGUGUGAUGUGGUGAAUCUGUGCUGGGGACGCUCGGACGAGCGGGAAAUAAAGUAUUCUGAUGGUCAUGACGCGCGCCCUUGCUCUACAGUCGGCGCUUGGGUUGUUUGGAAUUUGUCCGGUGUACAUAGUAUCUAUCUGGUUUUCGUUAUAUCAAGACUGUAUUUUUUCUUCGUU